CGGAACAUCCAGCACAGGUGAACGUGUCUCGAUUUGCCCACGAUCCCAGAAGCCAUCGCCACCACAUUUGGCCUGCAAGAUCUCGCACGUCGCCUGAUUCUGAACACGAAGAACAUCCCGACUACAUCAAAUAUUCCCAAUUUCCUGGGCCUCAGAAAUACCAUUCUCGCACAUGGCAGAAGCCGAGAACAGAUCAGUAUUGUCCGACUAAACGGUUUCGUGAGAAGUACGUUCUUCCUAGGCAGUCAAAAUGCAACCAGUCCUCGAGUCGCACGUAUUAUGGUGAGUCUGGAGUUCCUGAUUGUAAAUCAUAAGAAUGGUGCCUAAUCGCCUUUAUCCAUAUACAAUGCAGAUGCGGCCAGAUUAUGAAGCCGUUGGAUUUCCUAUCCCUUAUAGGCCUCCAGCCCAAUUUGUUGUUCCACCCGUCAGGGGUUAUGUGUUGGCUCCCGCGGUCCAACCUGGUUUAUACCCUCAUCCCUACCUGCCUACACAAGCUAUGAUCCCUUUCGGCGCACCCCUCCCGAUAAUGCACCAAUAGGUACUUACGAGAUUUCCAACAACUACGCAUUUGCUGUUCGCCAAGAACAAUACUAAUUAGUGCGCCUGUUCUUCAUUUGCUAUUUGAGGUCAUGUCCGUCGUCAUUAAAUCUGAUGGCGAAGCCAGGAAAGGAGGAUUCAGC